AUGGAGGCAGAGGAGCGUCCUGCAAAGCUUCGGAAGCUCAACUCGAACGAUGACAUGGGCUCGCCUGAAGAUGCAGGUACACCUUUGUUGUCAAAAUUACAUGGCAUGGUCACUGGCAGCGUCGAUGCUCUCUCGUUGCAAAACAGUAAGCUAGAGGGGUGUGCUGCUAAUAAUGAAGAUCAUUCAGUGACACGAGAAGAAGAAGACCUCCAAGAUGAGUCGGACGGCGUGGAGUUGGACCCAGAUACCGAACACCACCUUCUCCACAAGGUGCCACUGCAACAUCAGCAGCAAGACGACGACGGUUCAAAGCCGCUUUCCAAGAACCAGCUGAAGAAAUUGCGCAAGCGAGAAGAGUGGGAGGCAGCUCGAGAUUACCGCAAGGCAAAACGAAAACAGAAGACACAGGAGAGAAAGGCGAGGAAACGGGCAGCUCGAGAAGAGGAGGAACAGCACCGUCUCCAGCUACUACUACAACAACCCUCCCUUGUCGAAGGAGAAAACGGAGACGUGCAAAGGACAAAGACGGAUACACCACACCUGCCCUCCAAGAUCAAAUUCCGCCGUCCGGUCCAGGUCCCCAUGACCAUCAUUAUAGACUGCGGCUUCGACGACCUCAUGAUGGAAAAAGAGCGCAUAUCCCUAGGUUCACAACUUACGCGGUCUUAUUCUGACAACUCCCGCUCCCGUUACCAGACAAAUCUUGUGAUUAGCUCCUGGGGCGGGUUACUGAAGGAGAGAUUCGAUACGGUGCUCAGUAAGCAUUACCUGAAUUGGAGGAAUGUGACGUUUGAGGACGGGGAUUUUGUUGCGGCGGCGAAGAAGGCUGAGGAGUUCAUGAAACGGCCUCAUGGUGGGAAGUUGGUCGCGUGCUUUGAGAAGUACGCUCAUGGUACGACUGCUGGCGCUGGUGGGCUGGGACCUGCUAGGGGCGAAGCAUGCGAAGAUCUGAAAGAUGCAGAAGCUCCCCGAGCCGAAGGGGUCGGGAAACCCGACACAGGUGACCCUCUCAUGGCCCAGGAUACCUCAGCGCCAAAGAACCCGGAGUCCGCUCAACCGGAAGCUCACCGUUCUUCUUCGCCAUCAGACCCCACUUUAUCUCAAGGCGAAAUAAUCUACCUGACCUCCGACUCUCCUGACACCCUCGACACCCUCUCCCCGUAUUCGACUUACAUCGUCGGCGGCCUGGUCGACAAGAACCGCCACAAGGGUAUCUGCUACAAGACGGCCACGUCGCGUGGGGUCAAGACGGCGAAAUUGCCCAUCGGUGAGUAUCUGGAGAUGACGUCCCGCAAGGUCCUGGCGACGAACCACGUCGUCGAGAUCCUACUGCGGUAUCUCGAGGAAGAGGAUUGGGGCAAGGCCUUUUUGAGGGUCAUUCCCAAGAGGAAAGGCGGGAAGCUGAGGGAGGAGGCUGGGGCUGUGGAGGGAGAGAAGAACGGGAAGUCUGAGGGGGAUGAGGAGGAGCAGGGGGAGGAUGAGGACGACGUCGAUGGUAAUGACGCUGAUGACGGUAGUGGUAAUGACGAUGUGUCUAGUGAACACCAGGGUGAUACAACAUGA